CUCGCUCUCUCUCUCUCUCUCUCUGUCUCUGUCUCUCUCUUUUCUGUAUGAACACGGAAACUAACUUCCCCAUUCUGUAUAACGUGCCAGAAUGGAACGUAUUUUGCUCGUCUGUACAUUGGUGGUCUGUUUGCUCCAAGGGUCCAGUGCUGUGACUCCUGUGUUUGUGAAGAAGGGAGAUGAUCUGCUUCUGAAUGUCACAGAAGAUGUUCCUGAAGAUUUUAGUAUUGUUGCAUGGAAAUUCAGAGAAAAAAUUGUAGUCACAUUUUUUAAUCAAGGCAAACCAACAGUCUCUGGUGCUUACACUGGAAGGGUUGAGACUUCUAUGAAAAACUUCUCUGUGAAACUGAAGAAUCUACAAGAGGCAGACAGUGGAGUUUAUACAGCACAAGUGAUAGCUGAAGUACAACAAACACUGGAAUACAACGUCACAGUUCAAGCUCCAGUGUCUCCAGUUGGACUGACAGUGGACUCUGUGUCCAACAGCUCAGACUCCUGUAACCUCACUGUGACCUGCAGUACACAGGACUCUCACAUCAGCAGCACUUUGAGAUGUGACACUCAAACCUGCAGUCAGGAGGGAGGAGAGCGAUCAGAGGUCACGACCUCUGGUGCUUCUCUCCAUGUCUACCUGGUGAAUGGCUCCAUCAUCUGUAACCAUAGCAACCAGGUCAGCUGGACCACAAACAUGACGAACAUCCAAGAUUUCUGCCCUCAACAUGUUGGUUUUAAACCAUCACGGAACCAUGUUAUCACCUAUGUGACUGCUACAGUCGGGGUUCUCGCUGUCAUUCUCAGCAUUACUGCAGGAGUCUUUAAAUUUCGACAGAGAGGAACAGGUAAGUCCAAGUGUGCAUUUUAACACAGAAUUACAAAGUAAAAGCUCCCAAAUUUUGUAUUCUGUGCUCUAUACUGUAUUCAAAAUAUAAUCAACAUGUGAUUUUUGUGACUGAUCUGCAGAUGAAAGAGAGAACACUGAAAAUACAAUAUAUGCCGUUCCUGAGGCUGUUCAGCAGGGCGAUCACAGUCCUCAUGAGGUUGUUUAUUCUGACCUGGAGUCCUGCUGCUUGCAAAUGUCUCUGCUUGUGCUGCUUGCUCUUGUUCAAAUGUGCUUUGGACUCGAUGAACCUGAUGGCAUGACCGUCUAUCCAGACCUUAUGCUCCCCAUGUGUUUGUUUGUAUUUUAUUCUAGUUUUUCUAAGGCCAGUUUUCAUUACAAAAGGUGUAACUUCAAUUAUUAAUCAGUAUCUAAAGAGACAAUAUGGCAACUAUGAAGUUUACAUUAGAUCAUGUUUUUUCUUCUCCCUUUGAGUUUUGACACACAUGUGACGUCAUACUGUACUGAGGUAAAAGUGAAUACUGAGAUUAUUGUGAGCAGAAGAGUCUCAAGUGAAAGCCAUGCUUUCCUUGUAGUAGUAAGUAAGACGUUUGAAAAGAACCAGAAAUCUUUUAGAUUUUAAAUCAAGAGACGGAGGAACAAGUGCAGUUUGUAAUGUCUUUUUCUAAAUGCCAAAUACUGUGAUGUCAAGGUGAUGUAAAUGCUUUCUUUGUUUGCUUGUGUUUAAGUUGCAUCCAUGUCAAACAGCUUACUCUGCUCUGAAUGAAAAACAUAGAGCCAUUUCAUGCAUGUUGGAUAAAAAUAAAUAUUCAUUGUAAUGUUAUGAAGAACAGGGUUCUCGAUUGUUUCACUCUUAAUCAUAGUGAGUUUACUUCACAUGUUAAUACAGUAACACCUGGUUUGUUUUCCAGAUGGG